AGGGCCCGCGAUGCUAUGCGUUCUUUGAGAGAUAAAUUUAGGUCUAAGAACCCCCACACGCCCAUUCCAGAGUACUUAGAAAUGCAAAACCUUGGCGUGCGGUCGGACUUAAUGGCGGACCUCAUCGAGGACCUAAGAGAGCGAUACCCAAAUAUAAACCUGGCUCUCUUAGACAUCCAAAUAGGAGAUAAAGGGCAGGUUCAAGUUAGAGAAUCGGGUAGGGAAAAAUGGCACAACCUGUAUCAAAGAAGGAAUUCCAGCCUGCUUAACAACCAGCUUCCAAAAGGAGUCACAAAUGCGCUUGGAGCACCCAACUUAACGAUACUAAGCACUUUGACAGAAAAGGAAACAGAAGCUGCUCAAAGGGCUUUCCGUAGAGGUCUUUCGAACCCUGCUAUGAAAAAUGCCCUCAGAUCCGCAAUCAGACUGCAAGAGGAGCAGCGGGUAAGACUCGAACAAUUAGAGACCGUCGAAGAGGAAAAAAGCAAACGACUUAAAGAACUUCCAAAAGAUAGCGACGCGACUGGAGGCUUAAUGAGAUACUUAGAGAAAAUAAGGGCUGAAAGGGAAGCACUUAAUAACGAAAUACAGGAAAAUAACAUAACCAUCGAUGACCUUACGCGACAACUUGAUAUGCUAACCAAAGAUGAGGGUGGCAUCCCUAAGCUCCUUGAUGAUUUCAGGGAGGAUAACAUAGCAUUACAAAGCAGAAUAGAAGAAUUGGAAGACGAAUUCAUGGAACAAAGAAAGUUAACCAUUAAGAGUCAUGCUGAUCAAAUUGCAGACUUCGAAGCUAGGUUAACUGAAAUGUCUAAUGAAAAGAAUGAGGCGAAGAGUAAGUUAAAGACCGCGAUAAAUGAAGCGGCGGGGAAAGACACGGAACUACAGCGCUUGGGACAAGAAUUAAUGGAGGCCGUCGACAGAGAAAGGCAAGUAAUGCUGGACAAGGCAGUGGCGGAGGAACAAAUGCGGCAACUUCAACAGGCCGUCGAAGACUUGGAGUACGAAAUAGAUCGACAACGGGAAAUAAUCGAAGAUCAAACUCGCCCUGAAGAAGAAAGGGAGGCAGCCCAAAAGGAA